AGCACCUCUGCCGCCGGUUUUCCCUGUGCACUUCCACACUGUCUAUGGAAAAGGGCUAUUUCCCAUUCCAAAAAGAAGACUCAUUUUUAACAAGCCAAAAAAAAGCAGGAGAAGAAAAAAAAAAAGCAAAGCAAAGGAGGAAUUCAGGCAACAAGGAGCAUAGCAGGAAGGAACUGAGAGACAUCCAGCACCUCCUGUGAUCCUCCCCCUUAAUUAAAGGAGAGAGAGAAAGAGACGACAAGAGAGAAAACGGAAGGCACUGGAGUAUUCGUUUUUUUCUUUCGUUUCAUUUUUUUCUUCUUCCUCAUUGUGGUGCUGGGAGGUGUGUCGUCCUUUCACCUGUUUGCGCUCUCCAUCAUCUGCCUCCUGAUUUAUUUCUCCAUCUACCUGGUGUACAAUUUCGUCUACCUAUGACACGCUCCAGAGUGUGGAAGCGCAGGGAGAGGGUCUUUUCUGCGUCCGUUCCUCACGCUCGGUUUCCUGUUGCCCUCGGGUUCCACUUUGCGCCGGCUUCUCUCCUUCAUCGGUCGCUUCUCUCCAUCUCCUCGCAGGCCACCAUCCUGCCCUCGUCCGGAAAAAAAAAAAAAAUCUGAUUCUGAAUCAAAGUCGGACAGAAUUCUGAAAAAUAGCAACUCCUGUCUUUUGCAUUUCUCCUGCUUUUGUUCUUUCAUUCAUUUUCCCUUUUCUUUUCCUUCUCUUGGUCUUCCACUACCUCCCCUGUCACAUCACUCCCUUUUCUUUCUGGGGACGCUUUAAAGUUCCUAUAGAUAUUAAUGAGAUACUACAGAAAUGGUUAGAAUGUGACACGAAAAGGAGUCAGCUCAUACCGCAGGUGAUAUCCAAAGAAAUCUGACGGACACUUGAAGAACUGCAUAAAUCAAAGAGCUAAGGAAAUUUAGCGCUUUCUUCGAAAUCGAACUCUUUUCUUUAAAGUGUAAAGACAAAAGAACUCAAUGGAUGACGCUCUUUCACAAAUGUAUGAAGUUUCAGGACACAGCUACGCUACGAGUUAAAAUGAACUGAUAAACGACAAUUUCGCCUGCAAGCUGUGUUUUUAUUUGAUUUGAUUUUUUUAAUUUGUGUUCCUCAUCUCAUGUUUUUUGGCCAGUGGAAGAUGUGUCCAGAGACCUAGGCCUCAGAGACACAACAGAUAUCUUUUGGACUUUUUUCCUGAUUGAUCACUGGACUCAUUCAUCUGUUGUCUUCAACCGGGAACUACAGUAGGGCCGAAUUACUUCAAUCUCCCUCUGGAACCUGUUUUCAACACCAGUCCCUCUUUCUACGGUGUGCUCCUCCUUGUGCUGCUUCCUCGGUCAGUCAUCCUUUCAUCCGAGGCUAUGAAUGGAAGUGAGGAGUCCCAGCUCACACCAUCAUGCCAGAGUUGAGGAGAGAGGAUGACAGUUGGGCUGGCAAUGUUCAAGAGACUGCGCCUUCACUGCUCCGCCAUGCUUGUCAGCCUCCGCCUCUUCUUCUUUCCCGUUUCUGCCGGACGCUGGGCCCUUCUCUUCCCCUCUCUCCUCCCCUCGCCUCCCAGGUUCCCCCUCUCAUCCCUCUCCCUCUCUUUCUCCCUCCUCCUGCUCUCGCUCCUCCUCCUCUUCCCAGCCUGCGAGUCACGGCGGGGAGGCGGGGCCGGCGGUGGCGGGGCUGCUGGAGGGGGCGGAGUCAGCGGCAGCGCCCGUGGCCACUCCAUCGUGGCCCCGCCCCACUAUCCUCCGGCGCCUGUGAGUCCUGUGGUAGCACCGCUGCCACCCAAGUUUGCUCAGGGCCUUAGCAUCGCCGUCAUCCUGGUGGGCAACUCCAGCGAAGUGACGCUGGCCGAGGGUCUGGAGAAGGAGGACUUCCUCCACGUGCCACUUCCGCCGAAGGUGGAUCUGGUCACAAUGAAUGAGACAGACCCCAAGAGCAUUAUCAACCGCAUCUGCGCACUCAUGUCCCGUAACUGGAUCCAGGGAGUGGUGUUUGGCGAUGACACCGACCAGGAGGCCAUUGCCCAGAUCCUGGACUUCAUCUCAGCCCAGACGCACAUCCCCAUCCUGGGCAUCCGAGGGGGGUCAUCCAUGAUCAUGGCUGCAAAGGAUGACCACUCAAUGUUCUUCCAGUUUGGGCCAUCGAUCGAGCAGCAAGCCUCCGUCAUGCUCAACAUUAUGGAGGAGUAUGACUGGUACAUCUUCUCCAUUGUCACCACUUACUACCCUGGAUACCAGGACUUCGUCAACAGGAUCCGGAGUACAAUAGAGAACAGCUUUGUAGGUUGGGAACUGGAGGAGGUGCUGCUUCUGGAUAUGUCAGUGGACGAUGGGGACUCUAAGAUUCAGAACCAGAUGAAAAAGCUCCAGAGCCCUGUUAUACUGCUCUACUGCACUAAAGAAGAGGCCACCACCAUUUUCGAGGUGGCACAUUCCGUGGGCCUCACUGGAUAUGGUUACACCUGGAUCGUACCAGCGUUGGUAGCGGGGGAUGCCGACAAUGUGCCGACUGUCUUUCCUACAGGCCUGAUCUCUGUGUCCUAUGAUGAGUGGGACUAUGGGCUGGAGGCCCGCGUACGUGAUGCCGUAGCCAUCAUUGCCAUGGCGACCUCCACCAUGAUGCUGGACAGAGGUCCCCACACGCUGCUGAAAUCAGGUUGCCAUGGUGCGCCUGACAAGAAAGGCACGAAGGGAGGAAACCCCAAUGAAGUGCUGAGAUACCUCAUGAACGUGACAUUUGAGGGGCGAAAUCUCUCCUUCAGUGAGGAUGGAUAUCAGAUGCACCCCAAGCUGGUUAUUAUUUUGCUAGAUAAGGAAAGGCAGUGGGACAGAGUGGGCAAAUGGGAGAAUGGCUCCCUUACUAUGAAGUAUCACGUGUGGCCGCGCUUUGAGCUCUACUCGGAUGCUGAGGAGAGGCAGGACGACCACCUGUCGAUCGUCACUCUGGAGGAGGCUCCGUUUGUCAUCGUCGAGGACGUGGACCCCCUCAGCGGCACAUGCAUGAGGAACACAGUGCCCUGCAGAAAGCAGCUCAAAGCCCAAAACCAAACUGGAGAUUCUGGGAUUUAUAUCAAGCGCUGCUGUAAGGGCUUCUGUAUAGACAUCCUCAAGAAGAUCGCCAAGUCGGUCAAGUUCACCUAUGACCUCUACCUGGUGACCAACGGGAAGCAUGGCAAAAAGAUCAAUGGAACGUGGAACGGCAUGGUUGGCGAGGUGGUGUUCAAGAAUGCCCAUAUGGCGGUGGGCUCUCUGACCAUCAAUGAGGAAAGGUCAGAGGUCAUUGACUUCUCUGUGCCCUUCAUAGAAACGGGUAUCAGUGUCAUGGUCUCGCGUAGCAACGGCACUGUAUCCCCUUCUGCUUUUCUUGAGCCCUUUAGUGCUGAUGUAUGGGUGAUGAUGUUCGUGAUGCUUCUGAUCGUCUCAGCAGUGGCUGUCUUUGUAUUUGAGUACUUCAGCCCCGUCGGCUAUAACCGCUGUCUCGCAGAUGGCCGAGAGCCGGGUGGUCCCUCGUUCACCAUCGGUAAGGCCAUAUGGCUGCUCUGGGGUCUGGUGUUCAACAACUCUGUGCCCGUCCAGAACCCUAAGGGCACCACCAGCAAGAUAAUGGUGUCGGUGUGGGCCUUCUUCGCUGUCAUCUUCCUGGCCAGCUACACAGCUAACCUUGCCGCCUUCAUGAUCCAGGAGGAGUACGUUGACCAGGUGUCCGGCCUCAGCGACAAAAAGUUCCAGCGCCCAAACGACUUCUCUCCCCCAUUCCGGUUUGGCACAGUUCCCAAUGGUAGCACGGAAAGGAACAUUAGGAACAACUACAAAGAGAUGCACAGCUACAUGACCAGUUUCCACCAGAAAAACGUUGACGAGGCCCUCCAGAGCUUGAAGACUGGCAAACUGGAUGCCUUUAUCUAUGAUGCCGCCGUGCUGAACUACAUGGCGGGCAGAGACGAGGGCUGCAAGCUCGUGACGAUUGGGAGUGGUUAUAUAUUCGCCACCACGGGUUAUGGCAUUGCCAUCCAGAAAGACUCAGGCUGGAAGAGACCAGUGGACCUCGCCAUUCUGCAGCUGUUUGGAGAUGGUGAGAUGGAGGAACUAGAAGCGCUGUGGCUGACUGGGAUCUGUCACAAUGAGAAGAAUGAGGUGAUGAGCAGCCAGCUGGACGUGGACAACAUGGCUGGUGUCUUCUACAUGCUGGGGGCGGCCAUGGCACUGUCGCUCAUCACCUUCAUAGCCGAGCACCUGUUCUACUGGCAGCUGCGCUUCUGCUUCAUGGGAGUAUGCUCGGGCAAGCCUGGCAUCACCUUCUCCAUCAGCAGGGGCAUCUACAGCUGCAUCCAUGGUGUUCAGAUCGAGGAGAACAAGUCGGGCCUCAACUCCCCCUCGGCCACCAUGAACAUGAACAACACCCAUUCCAACAUCCUUCGCCUGCUCCGCACCGCCAAAAACAUGACCUCUGUUCCUGGGGUCAACGGCUCCCCACACAGUGCCCUGGACUAUGGCCACCGUGAGUCGGCUGUAUAUGACAUUAGCGAACAUAGGCGCAGUCUGGUGAGCCAUGCUGACUGCAAGCCCCCACCACCAUAUUUGCCUGAAGAUAAUAUGUUCAGCGACUACGUGAGUGAUGUGGAGAGGACUUUUGGGAACUUGCACCUGAAAGACAGUAACCUGUACCAGGAUCAUUACCUGCACCACCACGGGGGCACGGGAUCCGGACUGGCUCUGGGUAUGUCGGGUCCCUUGCCUAACCGACCUCGUAGCUUAGGGAGUGCCAGUUCUUUGGAGGGCGGGAUGUACGAUUGCGACAGCUUAGGGGGAGGGGUAGCACCCAUCUUCACCACCCAGCCCCGCCAGUCACUGACACACAGGAACAGGGAAAAGUUUGACUUGAUCGCGGGCCACCCGACCCAGUCGAGCUUCAAGUCCGGCCUGCCCGAUCUGUACGGGAAGUUCUCCUUCAAAGGUGGGGCAUCCAGUUCAGGGUUUAUUGCGGGACAUGACAGGUACUGCGGGGGAGGCGGGGCGGGCUCGGGCGGGGAUGACGGCAAUAUCCGCUCAGAUGUGUCGGAUAUUUCCACUCACACCGUGACCUAUGGCAAUCUGGAAGGCAAUGCCAAGCGGCGCAAGCAGUACAGGGACAGCCUGAAAAAGAGGCCGGCAUCCGCCAAGUCCCGACGCGAGCAUGAUGAGAUCGAACUGGGCUUCAGGAGGCGCACCCAUCACACCAUCCACCACCACCACCAUCACCACCACCCAGUCACACAGGGACACCGUUCAGCCACGCCACCUGUGGAACGCAAGAGCCAAAGAGGGGCCAACUGCUCCUUGUACAUGUUCCGUGACAAAGAGAAUAUGAGGGACUUCUACGUGGACCAGUUCAGAUCCAAGGAUGGGGCGUCACCAUGGGAUUUAAGUGAUGCUCCCGGAAUGGGCGGCGGAGGGGGUCUGGGUGGGGGCGGAUGUGGAGGCGUAGUCGGCAGUGGUGGUGGCGGGGGAGCGUGCACUAGUUUGGUCCCCGUGGACGAUUUCUUGAAAGGUAAAUCCAAGAAGACAGAGUGUAAGGGUGGAAUGGGAGGAGGAGGAUCUCCUGGGCAGCAGGGCCAUGCAUGCUGGGAAAAGAACAUUGGAGGGGUGGGUGGGUUGGCUGGCGGGGAUUGGGAAUGCCGUAACUGCCACAGCGGAGGGGUUGGAGGCGGAGGUGGAGGAGGCAAGCCUAUUUGCAUGCACGGGGGAGGAGUCGGUGGGGCCUACCCAGCAGCUGGGGGUAGUGGGGGAUCCAGUGGGGGAGGUGGGGGGAGUGGACAAGUCUCCAGCCGCCCGAGUUCGGCCACCUGCAAGCGAUGCGAUUCGUGCAAGAAGCCGGGCAACUUGUACGACAUCAGUGAGGACAACCAUCUCCUCCUGGAUCAGAUAGGGAGCAAGUUCUCUAUGGAGGGGGGGAAAGGGAACGGCAGUGGUGGAGGGGCCCAAACCCAGGUGCAGAGGCGCAAGUUCGGCCCAGGGGGCAGGGUCUUGCGCAGACAGCAUUCCUAUGACACAUUCGUAGACCUGCAGAAAGAAGGGCAAGGCAGAAUGGGAGGCUCAGGAGGGUUUGGAGGCGGUGGAGGUGCCUCCAUGCUGCCUCCACCCCGGAGCGUGAGCCUGAAAGAAAAAGAUCGCUACAUGGAAGGUGCAAGCCCCUAUGCGCAGAUGUUCGAGCGGUAUGCGGGAGGGGAGACAUCCUUUUUUUCCGCCGGGGACCGGGAGAAGGGCGGGGGCUCGUCGUUUAGCUUGUUCCGUGGGGGUGAAGGUGGGUUGCACCGUCGCUCGGUAGGCGAGAGAGACAUGAGGGACAGAGAUAGAGGCAUGAUGGGAGGAGGAGGUAUGGGCGGUACCCGACGGGUCGGGACUUACUCCUUGUCUAAAUCUCUCUACCCAGAUAAGGUGAACCAGAACCCAUUCAUCCCAACCUUCGGUGAUGACCAGUGCCUAUUACAUGGCGCCAAAUCGUACUACGUCAAAAAGCAGCAGACACAGCCGCAGCAGCAACAGACGCAACAACAGCAACAGCUCCUCAACAACAACCGGGCUGACUUCCGAGGCUCCAUGGGGGUGACUUCCUAUUUACCGGCCUCUGCCUCUGCUGGGGUCAUGUCCAACGUGGGACCCCGGUUCCCCAAGGAGCUGUGCAUGGGCGGGCCCCUCGGCAACCAUCAUGGAGCAGGAGCAGGCAACAACAAGCUGCUGUCAGCAAGGGAUGGGUUAGGCAUUGGGCAAGGACAGAGACCAUUCAACGGCUCUAGUAAUGGACAUGUAUACGAGAAGCUCUCCAGCAUUGAGUCUGAUGUCUGAGGAUGGAUCACGAGCCAGAGAGAGACAGACAGAGAGAGAAAGAGAGUGAGGCUGAAGGAGAAAUGGAAAGUCAAACGAAGGAGGCUGCAGACAUCGAGAGCGAUAAGGGAAUAAACCAACAGAGAGUGUCUACCAACUUUGUAUUUUAACGUUUGCAAAAAGGAAGAGGAAGAAAGCGAACAAGAGGAAAUGACCCAUGCUUUAAACAGGUGGAUGGAGAGCUUUUGGGGCCAAGUUUGUAAAUAGAGAUAAGGAACCUGCUCACAGAUGAGAAUAAAAAGCUGAAGCCCUAUACGUAUCCCUCUCUUUUAUCCUCUCACCUUUUUCUUACCCCUUCCAUUUUUUCUGCUCCUUACGCCAAAAUGAAAUGUCUGAUCCAGCUUAGGUACGGAGACACAGUACAAUCAUGAAUGGAGAUCGGUUAGAGGUUCUCAUGAGAAAAAACAGGGUAAAACUUACAAUAACUGUAUUGAUAAUGUUGUUAACAAUAAUAUUAGAUAUAAUUACAAUGUUUAUGAUGUUCAGUUUGGGCUUGAUUUCUGGAUGUUAUAUGCUGUUAUAUAUUUGUACUCUAGUUAAAAUUCUUUGUUAGCACACCACUUUGCAGCUUCUUAUUUGAUCAUGGGAUCUUAUCUGAUCUUAUUUGUCAAUUGUGCUUGCAUUGUCGUGUGUCAAUGUGCCAUUCUGCCCUGAUGUGAAACUCCAGGACCAUGCAGAAUGUGCUAUCUGCCAGAGACAAUGCCAAGCUAGAAAAAACCUAGUCAAACUUGGUUUCCUUUAAGAUUCUUUACUAUGAAUUUUUCAUGUUCAUUUUACUUCUGAUAUGGAGUGCUGUAAAACGUACGUGUAAGGCAUGAUUUGCAAAGUACUUCAGCUGUACUUGAGAUUGUUGUGAAAGACAUUUAUUAUGAUCUCUUCUUAUGUUUUUCCAAUUUUUAUAACAUUGCAUUAUUAUCAAUUAGACAUUGGUUUAAUACACUGCACAUUAUGUGCCUUAUCAGAAGGCCCAGAAUUCUAAUUAUAUUGCCAUGGUAACGUUCUGGUCACUGCACACAGAUUGGGCAUUGGCUGAUUCAUCUAUUAUUCUGGAAUUAUCCUCAUUUUGAUGUAAUCACCUGACAUGGAAUAUUCAGUGUAUAGCAAAUUCUAGACACAAACCUGAGUGGAUUCAUUAGUCUUAGAGCUGAGUUUCUUAAGCAACUAAUGAAAUGAAGUGAAAACCAGGAAAGGAUAUGUGUAAGGGGUUAUAGAUCAAUGCUCAGUGCAUUGGUUGUCUCAUACAAAGAUUAGCUGCAGGGUGUUUAUUUUAAAAGCAUGAAAAUGAAAAACCAGUUAAUCCUCUCCAUUAUCCCCCCAUCUCUUAAGCAAGUAGAAGGCCUAUAUUGUGCAAAUUAAAACCAGUAUCAUGGUUUUGUUACUCCUACAGUACACCUUUUUUUUAAUAUUAUUUUAUUUAUUUAUUCAUUUUUACAGUUGUAUCUUUGGGAAGCACUUGGCCCACAGUGAGCUGGUUGUUAUGGGAUAUAAUGAAAGAACUCUUUGUCUCAGCAUCUCCUUGUUGUGUUUUUUAAUGUAAAUAUUCAGUUUUUCCACAUUGUAUAAUGUGCAGACAGCAAGGAUGUACAUUUAGAAAAUUGUGAUUUGCUAAAUUAUGAUGUGAGUUAAACAGAUAUACUUCAACAUGCCAACAAAUAUCUAAAUUUGAAAAUUACAGUUUAUACUUGAUUUAUUAUCAUUACAAAUUUCACAGAUGGUAACCUGAAUAGCUCUUGUAGGGACAUGAAUCAGAAUAACCCUCCUUGGUUAGAUAAUGAAUGGGUGAGUUUUGCCUCCACUUCAGUUUCUUACCUUGGUUGUAUGUUAUUAUGUAAGAUUGGCACUGUUUGUUUAUUCCUCACUAAACAUGUUUCGGUGGAAACAGUGCUUACUAAUUAAGAGUUUAACAAAAUCUUUAUUAUUUAUGUUCGUAAGGCCUACCACUCCUAAACAGCCUAAGCCAAAAUGCCAUUUCUUGACCACUCCAAGUUUGUGACAGUUUACGCUUUAUAACCUCUAUUUUAAUACGUAAUCAAGAUAUUUUGUCUGGUAUUAUUGGAAAAUGGGCUAAAUUUACCAAAAAAAAAAAAAAAAAAAAGCUCAUUUUUAAAGUAGCCAGUCAUUAAAACAGACCUGUCAGCUAGCUCUUUCAGUUCCACAUAUAAUGAGAAUGUGCACUUUUUAGUGAUAUUAAUUCUGUUAAGUUUCAUAUUUACUUUUGGUUAACAUUAUUUUCAAAGCCACUAGUGAACACACAACCUGGAAGUAAAGUUAUUCCUCCAUGUGUCAGUAGAUCUCAAUGAGUUCAUUGUGUGAAAUAUAUAUUUUCUUUAUUCAAAUUUUGUAAAAUCUGCCAAACAGAUCUCCAAUUUAAGCACAAUGUUUAUACUAUUUGGUUUAUAACUGAAGUGUAUAUUACUAUUGGUUUUGUGAACUUAAAAAAAAAAGGAAACUUCACAUUUAUUGCCACAUUUGUUAAUUUUUUUGCUAAGUCUGUGUGAGAGUUCGUGAAAUUGUGAGUAUAUUGUGAGAGACAUGCAUGCACCUUUCUUUCUAUUUUUACAUGCUUUUACAUUCCUGCUUUUAGAUGACGUAUAAUUGAAAGAUCAUGUCCAGUGUUUCCAUGUGCAGAAAAAUGUCUCUUUCUUUUGCUUAACUCGAACCAGUCAGUGCCACACAGCAUUAAGGCUGAUCAGGUGUACAUAAAGCAGUCAGUCAUGCUGGCGGAUAUGCAAGCAGGGGGAAGUGUGACAUAGAAAGUACUGUCAUGUCCUUGACCUAAGGUUCUGCUUCAUGUCAUUGGACAAACCCAGAUUGUGUGUUUGUCCCAUGUUACUUAAAUUAGGAAGGAGUUAUUUUCAUUUUUGUGUUCUUAUAGGGCUAAUUGUGUCACUUUAAGCGUCUGAAAUCUUAAUCUCUCAUAGUUGUGUUUUAAAAAAGAAAAAGGAAAAAGCCUUUAUUUGCAUGGUUUGGCUCUCUUAAAACAUGAAACGUGUUUUUGGAGGCACUGUUAAGGUUUAUUUUAAUGCUUGGUCUACUUUGUUUUUAGGGGGAUACACUUUUCCUUCAGUCAUUGCAGUCUGUUCUUCAGUGAUAGCCAUUUUGCAGCUUUGUGCAUUUGCUAAGAUUUUUUUUAUGAAAUGUGGUGACAGACUUGGGCCAUUUUGUUCAGUGUCAGUCUUGGAAAUUUGAGUGGGAGAGUUUUGCCCAUAGCUCUCUGGUAGCAAAGGGCAGAUGUGUGUUGUGUUUGUUUGUUUGUUUGUGUGUGUGUGUGUGAGAGAGAGAGCGAGAGAGAGAGAGAGCGAGAGAGAGAGAGAGAGAGAGAGAGAGAGAGAGAGAGAGAGAGAAAACCUAAGCAAGUUUGUCUAUCUUAGCAUCUGUGCUAGGGAGGGGUUUCCUUUGCUAUUCUUCAGGAAAAAACAAAACAAAAAACAUAACCCUCUUCCUUUAACACUCUGAUUCAACUCAUUACAUUUAACACCUUUUCAGUAGAGACACCGUGAUAGCAGACAAGCAUCAUUUGCUAAAUGUAGGUGGAGUGCAAGAGACAAUGGUUACAGGAGAUAGAGAGAGAGAGAGAGAGAGAGAGAGAGAGAGAGAGAGAGAGAGAGAGAGAGAUACACAGGGAGCGAGAGAGAGAAAUGGUAGCCUAAAUAUUAUUUUGGUCUCUGUGAUCAUUCUCACUAAUGUAUAAGGGUCAUGGGAUUUGGCUCUUGUAUGACAGAGUGCACCGUCAUUAUUUGUAAGCUAGAAGUCUUUGCCCUGCUUUGCCAGUGACGUCCCCUCUCUGGUACAGUGUGUCACAGGUUAUUGUACAUGUGCCUGGACUCAUGCUUGAUUACCUCUGUGUGUGUGUGUGUGUGUGUGUGUGUGUGUGUGUGUGUGUG